CUCGUUCGAGCCACCAUGGACAUCGACGACAUCUUCAAGCGUCCGCCUCUGCCCAAGUCCGGCAACGCAGGCACCAAGCGCAAGCUCGAAGCUCCCACCCUCGAUCCAGAGUCGUACAAGUCGGCUCGCAUCGACUCGGGCAACGGCGCGACCCCGUCUGCCGGUGCCGACACCAAGGGCAAGGGCCGCGCCGUCACCAUCCAGGACGGCUCGGACGACGACGACGACGACGCCGACGACUCGCGAGCAGAGUUCGCGCCGGGUCAAGAUGCCGACUACUUUGCCGAGGAGGACGAGGACGGCCGCUUCUUCGGAGGAGGACUGAGUAACGUCCAGAAGCAGGUCCUGAACAUCAUGGAGGGCUCGGACAACGACGAGCAGCUCCCGGGCGAGGACCUCACGCCGCAGAGCGUGCGCAAGUCGCUCCUGUCGCUCGAAAAGGCCGUCAACAAGAACCGCGACCUGCGCACCAAGUACCCGACCGACCCGGAAAAGUUCGUCGACUCCGAGUUCAACCUCCUCGAGGCGCUGCGCUCCCUCUUCCUCCUGUCGACCAACCCGGCCAUGACGUACCCGAUCCUGCUCGACAACGCGACGCCCAACACGCUCGCCGACCUCCUGUCGCACGAGAACCUCGACGUGCCCGUCGCCGUCGUCGAGGUGCUCGAGGAGCUGCUCGACCCGGAGGACCUCGAGGACGACGGCGACGAGGAGGAGGACGAGGCGGCGUCCGAGGCCAAGCGGGCGGCGAUGAAGGCGCUCCUCGACGGGCUGGUCGAGGCGGGCGUCGUCGACCUCGUCGUCGCGCAGCUGCAGCGGCUCAACGAGGAGGACGAGGGCGAGCGCAAUGGCGUCUUCCACACUCUCAGCCUCAUCGAGAACCUCAUCACCCUCACGCCGCAACUCGCAUCCCCGUUCCUGUCGCCCAAGUCGUCGUUCCUGUCGUUCCUCGUCCAGCGCCUCGGGCAGGACAAGAAGCCCGUCGAGUACGACCAGAACCGGUACUACGCCGCCGAGAUGCUCGCGCUCGUCCUGAGUCUGCCGGCCGAGGUCGUCGAUGGCGAGAACGAGGCGAGGCAGCGUGUCGGGACCGAGGGGUGGGUCGACUCGCUCCUGAAGGCGCUCUCGGUGUACCGCAAGCGGGAACCCGCUUCGAGCGACGAGGUCGAGUUUAUGGAGAACUGCUUCGACGCGCUGUGCUCGGCCCUGUCGUCGCCGACCCCGCCACCCGCCUCGCCCGACGCGCCCGCCGUCCACCCCGUCAAGUCGGCCUUCCUCGACGGCGAGGGCGUCGAGCUCCUCGUCCUGAUGCUCAAGGCCAAGAACCUGUCGCGCACGAGGGCCAUCAAGGCGCUCGACCAUGCGCUCCAGGGUCGCGAGGGCGCGCCGCUGUGCGAGCGGUUUGUCGAGGCGCUCGGGUUGAAGACGCUGUUCUCGGCAUUCAUGGGCCGGAGUGACGGCGGCAAGAAGAAGAAGAACGCCCAGCUCGCCCCGACGCACGAGGACACCGAGCACCUCCUGUCGCUCCUGUCGUCCCUCUUCACGUCGCUCCCGUCCGACACGCCCCUGCGCACGCGCCUGCUCGCCAAGUUUGUCGAGUCGGACUACGAGAAGGUCGACCGCCUGUGCGAGGUGCGCGAGGAGCUCGAGCGCAGGAUCGAAAAGGGCGUCGACCCGGCGUUGGCGGCCGAGAUGGGCGACGACGAGCUGUACCUCGAGAAGCUCGACAACGGCCUGUUUGCGCUGCAGCUGGCCGACUAUGUUGCGGCGUGGGUCUGCAUGGAGGACGACGGCGCCCGAGACCACCUCAAGAUGCUCCUCUCUCGCCGCGACAAGUCUCUACGCGACGUCGUCACCGUGCUCGACGAGUACCGCGACAACAUCGGCAUCGACGACGACCUGCCCGAGGACGCGCCGCCGAGCGAGGGCGAGGAGCGCAGGGCCAUCCUCGACCAGCUCGCGAGGUACCUCGAGAGUGUCGCGUAGCGGACGACGUCGUGCAACGCGCUCGUACUGCCCA